GUUCUAAAGAAGGGCCAUUGAACGAGAGGCGUUCAAUAACGUCCCUGUGCACAGACACUGCCAGACCUGUCGAGUUUCUCCAGCGACUUCUCUCUUUUUCAGAUCUCCAGCAUCCGCCGUUCCUCGUUUAGGAUCGAUUGGUCGUCGCAAUGGGAAAAGUGUAAAUUGUGUUCUGCUCCGCACGGCGACUGAACAGCUUUUUCGUUCAGCAGAUCGAGAGUUGCUGGAGGAAGCAGAUCUCGUGGCUACUUACAGAAAUGAGAUGAUGCAGCAAAACAAGAAGCCCUAUCGCCUGCAAAUAGGCCGCCGAGGUGGAAAUAAACCAAGGAAAUUUUUGAAAGGAUCGGCACAGCAGGUCAUGAAGAAAAUUUGCCAAAUUCUAGAGGAGCUGACAGAAGAGGAGUUGAAACAGUUCAAGCAAUUAUUAGCAGACCAUGAAGUACCAGCAGGAAAACUUGAGAAGGCGGCUGCUUGGGCAGUGGUGGACCAGCUGAGGAAACACUUCAAGGACAGUACAGAAGCUUUAGAUGUGGUUUUGCAGAUUCUACAAACCAUUCCACGAAUGGAUCUGGUGCUUCUUUUGACAGCAGAAAAGGAUGACGAUGAGCAUGAUGGAAACAGGAAGCAAUCAGCAGACUUGUGCGGUAAUGAAGAACAAGCAAUAUCGGAAAAGAACAGGGCUCGUGGAGACGAUGCAGAGUUCGCGCUGCCAAUCUAUAGGGGGAAUGCAAAAGUGAAUGUCCCAACCUCAAGUGGAAGUAAAUCCAAAAACUAUGGUCGCAAUGGAAAGCUACGUAAUCCUUCUAUAAGCCAAAUAUUUCUGGGCUUAAUGAUCGGCAUUUUGGGAACGGCUUCAGCGAUUAUAACACCCCAUAGACCAUUUUUACAAGCCCGUGUUCCAUGGUGGUGUGGUGUUUUGUUUUGUGUUAUAGGAAUCAUUCCAUUAUUACCUCUCAAGAUAAGUGAGAAAUGUAAGUUAUGUACUGUCCUUAUCUCAAACAUCGCAGGUUUUCUGAUUGCUUUGACAUCAAUCGGAUUAUCAAUCUGGAAUGGAGUUGACCAGCAUGCAGAGAAUAAAACUUGCAUUUCCAGUUAUCAUUGGAUAAUACUUUGCUUUGCUGUCUUGCAAAUGCUCCUCUCUGGCUGGAACAUCGGUGUCGUCAGCUUCUGGUUAAAUCAGGAUUGCGAGAAUUGAAGUUUUCUCUGUCAUUGACCAGAGGUGAUUCAGUCAAUAUAUGUUUGCGAUGAAUGUGCUCCAAGCUUUACUUUGUUCUGAUGAGAAGCCAUCAACUGAAUUGUUAUCAUUGAUUCUAUCUUUACAAAUGUUGCCUGCUGAAUAUUUUCCAAAUCUUGCCAUUUUUUCUUCCUGAUUUCGAGUGUCGGAAACAUUGGUUUGAAAUUGUGUGCUACUAACCCAUUGGAGCAUUGCUUCUCUCAAACUCCAGGUUAUAAUCUUGUUUGGUGAGUCGGUUCUCUAGUAAAACAGAUUGUCUUUUAUUUUUGCAGUAUGUCUAGCCAAAUAAGAUGUGUAAUGCUAAAAUUUGUAUAUACCCUUGUCUUUCUUGUGGGAUCCCAGAUCUUUCACAAAGUUGAGUUCACUGGAAUCUCAGUCACUGUAUCCUAACAGUUAAAAAGCCUGGUUCAUGCAUCUCCUUAAGCCCAUACUGGCCAGUCAUGGGAUCAAUCAGAUUUAAGAAAUCAAUUCUUGUUUACAUAUUUCUCGCUGUUACCACUGCUGCUGAUCUCGAUGGGCUUGACGAAUCCUACAUCCACUCUAUGAUUUCUCCACAUCUCCGGUGUUUCAGUCCCAGAUUUUAAUUAGAUUAGAUUCCCUACAGUGUGGAAACAGGCCCUUCAGUCCAACAAGUCCACACCACCCCUUGAAGAAUCCCAUGCAGACCCGUCCCCCUAUAACCCACUCACCCCUGAACACUAUGGGCAAUUUAGCAUGGCCAAUCCACCUAGCCUGCACAUCUUUGGACUGUGGGAGGAAACCCGAGCACCCAGAGGAAACCCACACAGACACAGGGAGAAUGUGCAGACUCCACACAGGCAGUUGCCCGAGGCUGGAAUUGAACCCGGGUCCCUGACGCUGUGAGGCUGCAGUGCUGACCACUGAGCCACCGUGCCGCGCAUGUGACCUGAGUUAUGAGGCUCCCCUUCCACCAUCCAUUGUCUCGCCUUGAUUCUUCACCAGAGACCGAGAUUUCAGGCAAGAAUUUCACCACCUCUCGUGACCUGUAAUUACCUGGUCCAACCAUACAAGCUUAGGCGAAGAAUUCUGCAGGCUCCUUGAUUUCUCCAU